AUGAAAUCAGUGAUCAUAACUGCACUUACAUUGUUAAGCUGUUUUACUUUUAGUGAAGCACUUCAAUGCUACUCACACGAUAUGUGCUUAAAUAACUGUAAGCCAUUGGCUGAGACGAUCAAAACGUGUGGCAGUGAUGAGAACAGAUGCUACAAAGGAGCUUUGGCCGGCGGUGUUACUCGUGGUUGUGCCAAAGACAUCUGUAACAUUCAAGUUGAUGGCGGUUCACAAGCAGCUAGCGUUUGCUGUGAAAAAGACUUCUGCAAUUCUGCAGUUACAUCGAAAUUAUCCCUUAGCACAUUAUUUAUGCUCCUUGGCAUGUUCAUUUGGGCUCGAAUGUGA